AUGGCUGAAAAUGGCAGAAAAGAAAAAAUAAAAUGGACAACGACUAUUAUUAUUAGCUCAUCUCUUAAGAGUUACGAAGUUGCAACUGCUCUAGAAAAUCGAAGCCACAAGAUUCGGUACUCAGAUUCAGUGGAAAAUGGAUCAAUUAUCUUUUCUCUUUCUGGACUUGCAUUUUUAUUGAUGGAUGCUAAAGAAUGCUUUAUAUCAGCUGAAGAAAUAUUCCUAGCCAAAAUUGAGAAGUUUAUUAAUAUUCACCAAAAGAGUUUUUUGGUUCUGUCUGCUGCCCUCCAUGGGCCCGAGGAAUGGAAACUGAUGUUCAGGAUUCAGCAGAGAUUCCUGGGUAGUAACUUACGGAUACUUCCAGUACACAACACAGUAAAUGCUAUUAAUCUUAUGUGCACUAUGGCUAAGACUGCCUCCAAACCAUACACAGAUAGCAUUUACUACAGAAUGAUAACAACUGAGGCUUACAUCAUUGAGCAAAGUCCUGUUUGGAAAACACUUCAAAAGUUAAAACUGAGUAGCGAUUCCUGUAACCCAAAUUAG